CUUAAACCCUAAGGCAAACACAAUUAAGCGUGAUUAGUCAAAUUAAAUACCCAGCCACCCAGCACAAUCAAGCCAGAGUCUGUCUAAUUAAUCAGCCUUAUCCUUUGAUUGCUAUUCACCACACGCGGCUGAAACCCAUCAGCAGACGUCCGUCAUCGUGAGAAGGGGUUGCUGGCCUCAUUGCCCUUUUGGACCGCGGCCCUGCGCUAUCACGCAGCGGUGGACUGGUCUGCGCCGCAGAACCAGAGAAACCAAAACCGAACGCAGACGUGUUACGUGGCGGAGACUGUGUUGGUUGAGUGACAAGCCCGCCGUCCCAUCGCCACCAUGAUCGCCACAGGCGGCCUGCUGCGCAUGAACAGGCGCCAGGAUUCCCUCCGCUCUAAAAACCGCGCGGAAAACAAAAGGAAGCGGAAAUCCAAAAAAAAGAAGAAGAACGACGUGGUGGUGGUGAAGGGGAAGCUCAAUCUGUGCUCCCCGGCUGGUUUGGUGGCUGCAGUUGGGGUUAUGGUUCUCAUGGUCGGGAUUUCUAUGGCCGUACUGGGCUACUGGCCCAGCCAGAACCAGCAUGCGUACCAGGAGCGCCGCAGAACUGGAGCGUACCACACCAACAGGAUGAGCUACUCCAAAAGUCCGCCUGUUUCCUCAAACCAGACCCAUAAUAAGCCUCCCUCCGGCCAGACAACUUUAUUCAACCAGAGCCGUGCUAACAGCAGCGCCGCCGACCCCUCCCCUCACUGUGGCCUCCUCUGUGACUUCCUGGAUAAUUACCUGUACUCAGACAAUCUGAAAGUCUUUGGGCCGCUGGUGAUGGGAAUCGGCAUUUUCCUCUUCAUCUGCGCCAAUGCAGUCCUCCACGAAAACCGAGACAAGAAAACCAAAAUCAUCAACCUGAGGGAUAUCUACUCCACUGUGAUAGAUCUACACAGCAUACGGUCAAAGGAGUACUCACCUCUAAACGGUCUGGUGAACUACACUCAGUCGAGGAGUGCCGAGGGCCCGUCGGGCUCCUUCCCCGCAAGUGGGAUGCUCGCUCGCAGCUCCUGGCCCUCCGCUGGACUCGGUUUCCAGGGCGAGUUGGGCGGCGAUGAGGUGUUUAGACACCCAUCUUUAGCCAGCAGGCCUCGCAGCUGGUCCAGAGAUGUCCAGACCUUCACGGACACCGUCUACAGCAUCUACAAAGACUACAGCAAUAGCGGCAAGCAGGCGCCGCAGCCCCGACAGUGGGAGACCACCUCCAUCGUCACCUCCUCUGUGAACGCUUUCACCCUCCCCGUGAUCAAGCUGAACAACUGUGAGGUGGAGGAGUCUGACAGAGCGGAGGCAGAGGAGCACUCAGGGGAAGGGGUCGUUAUCGAGGCUGCUGCCGAAAACACGAGCGAGGAAGGACAGGCCAGCAGCGGCCAGGCAGACGAGACGUACACCGAGGAGAAGGACGCUUCGAUGACAUACCCCCCGCCACCCCGUCGGAGCCGUGAGGACAUGUCCACAGACACAGCUGACCGACAGGGGGCGCCACAGGCUCAGCCUCAACCACAGUGGACCCAGCUGUUUCCGCCAUCCCCCGUUGCCAGGGCGAUGGGGUCACGGCUGUCGCUCAACUCCCUCACGGAUCAGCCCAGGUCUGCACGACGCUGCAGCCUGUCCGUGUCUGCGGUCAGUCAAGGCGAAAGAGCCAGGCGCUUCAGCUGCCCCCGCCUGGAGCGCUCCAACAGUAAGGGCUACAUCAAACUGACUGAUCUGGGGGGCGAGUCCUUCGAAGCCCCCGACACCGUCGCUUCUUUGGUGGCCACCGAACAGGAGGUAGCAACGGACGCAGCAGCAGCAGCAGCAGCAGCAGCAGCAGCGGAGGAAGAAGCUCAGGGAGAGGAUGACCUGGUGACACCCAGCACCUCUGCAGAAUACUAGACUCUUUUUUUUUUUUUUUUUUUUUUUUUUGCUGAUGAGCCUCUAAAAACUCUUUGAUGUCUUGUUCUUUGCGCCGUACCCUCUUCUCCGACUGCUGAUGUGAAGCCGGCCACUACAGAGGAGAGGAAGUGUGGAGAGUAAGCAGCUAAGGACUAUUGAAAACAUAGCCAUGAACACUCAAGAGCAAGGCUCUUUAUAAAUACCACAUCCACAGCUCAAUAUUCAGAUGUAAUUUUUCUAUUUUUUUCAAUGUAGCAAGAGCAAUACUAAAGACUUGUAAGAAGAUUUAGUAAAGAUUUGUAAAAAAACAAACAAACAAAAAACCAACAACAACAAAAGAGAGAGAAAGGAAAGAAAAGGAAAUCCAAUCUGACGAGUUUUAACUUUUCUUUUUAUAACAGUAUGGCAAACAUUGUAGCUUCUAGAAAUUGCCGAAACCGUCACUGAGAACUACUGUUAGACAUGUUGUACUGUAGCCUUAACGUAUGCCACAGAAAACUAAAUAAAUAGUCUAGAUUUAUUUCUCUACAUUGUUGUGUGAAUAGGUGAACUGAACUGAAUCUCAGGUAGACGUUUGGUUUAGGAUCAGGGCCUUGAGGACAAGGUCUUCCCUACGUGCACACUUGUUUAUAUGAGACUUUCAUGGUUGAAUAAACUUGACUGUAACACCUCCCGACGGGUCUAACAGACGUCCUUGAUUGAGGAUCAGAUUAAAUGCAGC